AGGGCACCAUCGCGAGCCACUGAUUGUGGUGGUAGACACUCGGCAGCUCACUGUGAUCAAGUCGCAGCUUCACCAUGGACAAGUACCGCAAGGUGAUGAAGCCGAAGGAGGAGAUCCAGAAGUCUGACGAGGAGAUCCGUGUGACCGCUGCCGGCAGCGUGUCUGCGUACGUUUCACGUUCGGCCACCGUGUUCAAUGAGCUCAAGAAGCCCUAUGUGAUCGUGCAAGCCACUGGAAAUGCUCUGACCAAAGCAGUCACCGCUGCAGAGGUCAUCAAAAGGCGAUUCAAGGGCCUGCACCAAAUCACAGAGCUGAAAACCGUUGAGAUCGUCGACGAGUAUGAGCCGCUGGAGGAAGGACUGGACAAGGUUACAGAUGUCCGUCACGUCUCCGUGAUCGAGAUCAAGCUUUCAAAGGACCCCUUGGACACAAGUGACAAAGGGUACCAACCGCCUUUGGACGAGAGCCUGGUGAAAGAAUUUGACCCAGAGGACAUGGUGCGCGGGCGCGGCCGCGGCCGCGGCUUGGGCAAGGGCCGUGGCAAGGGCAGCGGCCGCGGGAAGGGAAGCAAGGGCAAGGGCAAGGGCAAGGGCAAGGCUGAGGAGAAGGGAUCGAAGGGCAAGGGAUCCAAAGGCAAGAGCAAAGGCAAAAGCUCCAAGGGCAAGUAUGACGACGAUUACGCCUCUCCAUCCAAGGGCAAGGGCAAGGGCAAGGGAAAGAGCAAGAGCAAGAGCAAGUACGACGACGACGAGCCCAAGGGCAAGGGCAAAAAGGGCGGAAAGGGGAAGUCCAAGAGCAACUCCUGGGAGGACUCUUACUCCGCCCCGGCCAAGUCCAAGGGCAAGGGAUCGUGGGGUGGCCAGAGUCGAUCCUACGACUACUACAACAGUUACGAGGACAAGAGCUACGGCAGCGGCAAGGGCUAUGGCAACAGCAAGGGGUGGGGAAAGAGCUCCUACAACGACUACAGCAGCAAAGGCACAGGGUCCGGCAAGGGCAAGAGCAGCAAGGGCGGCUACUAUUAAAGGAGGUGUUCGCUGCCUCGCGAUUUCGCCGUGACCAACCAGAAGUUCCCCGUGCUGACCAGCUGGUAUCUUUUUUGCAAGCGUAGACAUCCCGUAUCUCUCCAGAACCUUGCAAGCAUGGCUGGUCCCUGAAAAGGUGUCCUAAUUUGUUCCCC